UUUUUUGCCCAACGUGCUCCUUGUUCUACAUGCCCGAAGACAACCAUAUAUGCUACAUGCAACCCAUUGAGCUCACAGACAGAGAAAAGGCUAAACACCUAAACGAUAAGCUAGCGUACUUUGAUCUUGAAACGUUUCAAGAUGAGGCAGGUGAUUUCAAAGUGAAUUUAGCGGUCAUAGCAACAAAAGACGAGAAAUUUGUCCUUCCGGAAGAUGGAAAUAUUAGCGGUGAUAUUUCAAGUGCUUUGGGGGAAUUCAUCUUUAGCGAACGCUUUCGUGGGUAGACCUUUAUUGCACACAACUUAAAGGUAAACAAUGUCAAAACUUCAUAAGCAAUCAUAAGCUUUUGUUGACAAAAAGAUACUUUUAGGGAUUUGACGGGUAUUUUCUGCUAAACUAUCUAAUCAAGAACGGAAUUAUUCCACACCCAUUGAUUUUUAACGGGAGCAAGGUUGUGCAGAUGGAUAUUUCAAAACUUCAAAAUAAAAUUCCGUGACUCUAUGAAUUAUGUGCCGUCAUCGUUAAAAAAUUUUGCCAAAGCAUUCGGUUUGCAAGAAACCAAAGGAGACUUUCCUCACAAACUUAAUCAGCCAGAAAAUUGGAACAAAAUUCUUCCAUGGCCAGAUCGACACGAUUACGGUUACCAGCUCAUGAAAAAGAAAGAACGUAAACGUUUCAUAAAGUGGUUCCGUAAAGAGCGACGCCGUCACAACAAUCAAUUUGACUUUAAUGCUCACUUUAUUGGAUAUUGUUCGCAAGAUGUUCUUGUUCUCCAACAAGCAUGUGAGAAGUUUCGAACUCUCUUCCAACAAGUGACGAAUGGAUUGUGUCCAUUUGCUUCAGGCCUUACCACCCCUGGAAUGUGUAAUUAUUUUUGGAGAGCGCGGAUGUUAAAGAAAAACCAAAUUGCGCUGAUUGGCCCCCCUGGACAAGGUAAAAAAUCUUCGGCCAAAGGAGAUCGUUGGCUCCGAUGGAUUGAAAUGGACAACGAUAUACAACUCCAGCGCGAGGUCCGAAUCGGCCCUUGGACAGUAGAUGGUUUCGACCCAAGGAAUAAAACCGUUUAUGAGUUUCUAGGUUGUAUGUGGCACGGUUGCAGCGACUGCACGACGAAAAGUACACUGCAUCCAUUUCUUAAUCGCCCCAUGGAAGAAAUCAACAAAGCGACUGACUCACGCCUUGACGCAAUAAAAGCUAUGGGUUAUGCUCUUGUUUCAAUCUGGGAGCACGAAUACGAUGCGCGCCUAGCAGCAGACAUGAAAUUCAAACGAGUCAUCGAGUUAGCAAAAGUUGAAGAGCCUAUGCACCCACGAGAUGCAUUCACCGGUGGCCGAACAAACGCUAUCAAACUGUACCACAAAUGUGCGCCAGGCGAAAAAUCUAUUCCUCGACGUUAUUAG